AUGGCUCGUAUGCUUCAAUCGCUGCGGCGAGCCUUGGGACUGACUUCUCCCAAGCCAGUCCCUACGUUCCGUAGGUCUAUCGAUACGGACUUCUCCGUCUUUCGAGAGGGAGACCGAGCAAUUAUCCAUGGCAAAACCCCAUCGUUAACGAAACCCCUGCAACCGGGUCAGAAAACAGACCUCCGGCGUGGGUACCUGGAGCACAGCAACAUCAUCGGCCGGCGAGUCCGCGAGCGAAUUCAGGCCCAGAAAGGCCCCGAAUAUCGACUCACUCUCCCUACGCUGGACGAAUAUGUCGUCCUGACGCCUCGCUUGGUAACACCGAUCUACGCCGCGGACGCCAAUCUCAUUGUCUCCUUACUCGAUAUCCACGUAGCACCUCCAGCAGAAGGAGAAGAACACACUCAACAGCCUCUCGAAAUCCUCGAAUCCGGAACCGGCCAUGGUUCCCUAACACUGCACCUGGCACGCGCAAUCCAAGCUGCAAACCCAACACCCCCGCCGCUACCAGCUCAAUCCCAAAUCCAAUACCUACAAGGCCGGCCCGUACGACCGGACGAGAAACCAGAAGAAAAGAAAAAAGAAAGUGCACCCAAUAACGAAACAGCCAUCGACCCAACCCAACAACAAUGGGAUGCAUGGCGCACUCAACGCAGAGCCAUAAUCCACACCGUGGACGUAUCUCCCAAAUUCUCCGCCCACGCUGAGAAAAUCGUCCGUGGCUUCCGACGUGGUCUCUACGCAGGAAACGUCGAUUUCUACGUAGGCCACGUCGAGAACUGGAUAACAGAGCAGAAACGACGCCGCACCCCUACUAGUCUUCUACCCCUAACGCAGAAAACGGCCGACCCAUUCCUCUCGUAUGCGAUCCUGGAUAUGCCAGCCGCGCACCAGCGCAUCACCCACGUGGCCCCGAUCCUGAAAGAAAACGGCGUGCUCGCUGUCUUCAUGCCCAGCAUCACACAGAUCGGGGAUUGUGUAGAUCUGAUCCGUCGGCAGCAGUUGCCAUUCAUCCUAGAGAAGGUCGUUGAGCUCGGUGCCGGCAUCAGUAGCGGACGUCAAUGGGACGUCCGCUUUGCGGUGAAAAAGUCUCGCGCGGAUCCCUCGUCGUGGAAUGAGUACUCUGAAACGAGCGAAGGGGCUGUCCAGCAAGAUCGGGAGGCUCUUGACGACGGUUCCGUGGAGAGCAUCUCUACCCCUGGGGAAGCGCCCAAGGAAGAAGAUAGUGUGCUUGUUUGUCGGCCGAAGGUCGGUUCCCGUAUAGUGGGCGGAGGGUUUGUUGGGAUCUGGAGACGGAUAGAGGAUUCCCAGAAACAGUGA